AUGAACUCCGAAUUCAGCUCAGCGGAGGUAAUGAGCCUUGUAGAGUCCGUAGCGGUGACGCAACGCAUCCCGCCACCGUCUAAUGUGUCACUUUUUGUGGCAUUCUUAGUAGGGUUUGACGGCGGUGAUAUUCGUCAUUCAUCAAUGCAGGUUAGUUUUGCCGCCGUUGGAGGCUCCGGCGAGGCUGCGGCGAGGGAGAAGAAUCCAUUCACUCCAAAAGCUUUUCUGCAACGUUAUUGGGAUAAAAAGAUCACCAACAAUUUGCCAAAACCAUCGUUUUUGCUCUCGAAGGCUUCUCCACUGAGUGCCGUCGACACGGCGACUUUUGCUCAGCUUGCAGCCACCAAUACGCUCUCCACGCGCCUCCAUGAAUUCUGCUCCUCCGCCCACCUUGUCUGUUCGAUAGAGUCGGCACGAACCUCAGGAAAGCACAAUCAAUAUGGCAAUUUCGCUGUCUAUCAAGAUCCCAAAAACUUCACAAAUUAUGGAUCGGAUCAGCUCGGCGGAGGUAACUCGUUCAAAAACUACUCCCAGAAUCAGUUCCUCACGCCGAGUCAGAACGAUUUCCGACGAUACAGCCGAGGCUCCACUGAUCGCAAAGACGACUUCCGCAGCUACGCCUCGCAAAGCGAGCACGUGGAACAGGACUUCCACACCUACGGAACCGGAGCCAUCGGCGGUGCCGGCGAGUUCAAGCAGUACACUGAUUCAGUCAACGAGUUACACCUCCGAUUCACCUCCUACUCCGACGCCACUAAUGCGAGGACCCAAUCGUUCUCCAGUUAUUCCGACGAGUCAAACUCUGGGGACCAGACCUUCACCAGCUAUGCCAAGAAUGGGAACGGAGCUCUCAACGAAUUCAACAGCUACCAGACGCAUUCCAACGUCAUCGAGUCUAACUUCACAAAUUACGGCGAGACUGGGAAUGGCGGGACUGAUAAAUUUAACAAUUACGGAGACAACAUGAACGUCCCAAAUAAUAACUUCAAAAAUUACGGAGAUGGAGGCAACGGACCUAUUGAAAGCUUUAUUAAUUACAGAAAUGGAUCCAAUGUCGGCGCCGAUGGCUUCACAUCCUACGCGAAGAACUCUAACGGCGGAAUAGUUGACUUCAUGAAUUAUGGGAACGACGGCAACAUGGGCGCAGACACGUUCACUAAGUACGGUAAGGGGGCCGUCGAUCCCAAGGUUGGAUUCAAAGGCUAUAAUGUUUUGAAAGACACCCACGAGUUCAAAGAAUAUGCCAAAGAGGGUAUCUCAUUCGCAGAAUAUAAUAAUGAUAGCUCCACCAACAGCGCUUCCAUGGCGUCCAAAGCUGAAGCUGGCAGUGCCAGUGGCAGGAUCGUAAAUAAAUGGGUGGAACCGGGCAAAUUCUUCCGUGAGGCGAUGCUCAAAGAAGGGACCGUAAUGCCUAUGCCGGAUAUAAGAGAUAAGAUGCCGGAAAGGUCGUUUUUGCCCCGAUCCAUCCUGUCCAAACUACCGUUUUCAUCUUCCAAGAUCUCUGAGCUGAAGCAAAUAUUCAAGGUGGAGAAUGACUCGUCCAUGGAGAAGGUUCUAGAGAGUUCGUUGGGUGAGUGCGAGAGGGCACCGAGCCGGGGUGAGACCAAGCGGUGCGUGGGCUCCGUCGAGGACAUGAUCGACUUCGCGAUUUCAGUUCUGGGCCACGACGUAACAGUUCGAACCACUGAGAACGUAAACGGGUCGAAGAAGAGCGUAAUGGUGGGUUCGGUCAAACGGAUCAACGGCGGGCGUGUCACCCAAUCAGUGUCGUGCCAUCAGAGCCUGUUUCCUUAUCUGCUCUAUUACUGCCACUCUGUUCCAAAGGUUCGGGUGUACGAAGCGGAUCUUUUAGAUCCGACCAGUAAAGCGAAGAUCAAUCACGGUGUUGCCAUUUGCCACCUGGACACGUCAGCGUGGAGCUCCACUCAUGGCGCUUUCCUGGCUCUGGGUCCGGGUCCCGGUCGGAUUGAGGUUUGUCACUGGAUUUUCCAGAAUGACAUGACCUGGGCUAUUGCUGAUCAUGAGAAUUAAGAAUAAAAAGGGGAGAACAAUGGAGAACUAGAGCAAUU